AUGAUUCAAGAACAAUCAGUUUCAUUAUUGUCUCCUCAAGAUAUUCCUGCUUUUAUCAGAAAAACAUUUGAUCAUUAUUUUGGAAAUUACAAUUACACAAAGGAUAAUUUUCUUCAAGAACAAGCUAAAGCAGGAAUUGAUGGAUGGGUUGAUUUAUCAAUUUUUGAAAAAUUUAAAAAAGUUUCUGAAUAUGUUAAAAGUGAAGAAUUGAGACCAUAUGUUUUUGAAGGUUUGAAAGAUGGUAAAUAUUUUAUUUUUGAUGAAGAAAAAAAAGCUGUUAAACGUAACCCAAAUAUCCCUCUUCCAGAAAGUUCUAUCUUAUAUUGGCAAGGAUGUAAAAACCGCACUGCAUUUUUCAAAGGCUUUCCUUUAGAUGCUACUUUAGAUGAAAUUAUUAACUACUGUGAAAAAUAUGGUGUUGUAGAAAAUGUUAGUAAACAUACUAAUCACCAAACCAAAGAAUUUAAAGGUUCUGUCUUUACUAUCUAUGAGACUGUUGAGGAGAUGCAAAAAGCUCUAGAGGGAGAUGAUAAAUUUGGAGAACAUGAAAUUAAAAGAACAAGUCGAGAGGAAUACAUGAAAGAAAUUGCUGAAGAGAACAAAAAAAAGAAAGAAGAAGCCAAAUCUAUGAAAGAAAAUAAAAACAAAGCUGUUGAAGAUGCCGUUAAUACUCCAACCUUUAAAUCAGGAAAUGUUUUAGCUUUAACUGGUCUUCCUGAAAAAGUUAAUUUGAAUGACAUCAAGACUUAUUUUAAAAAAUUUGGGGACUGUGCAUUUGUUCAACUUGAAGAAGAUGGUAAAGCAAAGGUUCGUUUUGCUGGUGAUACAGAAAAUAUAGCAAAAGAAGUUUUGGAGAAAGCUCUUAAGGACGGUGAAGGAAAGUUGGCUCUGUUUGCAGAAAAUGGAAAUGUUGAGGCAAGUGUUUUGACUUCAGAUGAGGAAAAAGAAUAUUGGAAAUCAUACUAUCAUCAUAUUAACACUAACAAGAAAGGCAAUGGAAACUUUAAACGUAACAAAAAAAAUGGUGGCCGUGGUAAUUAUUCUAGAAACGGUAGGGAUAGAAAUGGUGAAGAUGAAAAUAAAAGUCAAAAUAAUAAACGUAAAAAUCAAAAUGAAUCUGAAGUAGAGGAAAAGAAAUCUAAAGUUGAAGAAUCUGAAACUAAGGAGAAAGAAGUACAUGUUGGAGAUAACUAA